AUGUCCGCCAUGGCCGUCGGGAAGCGGCCUCCGGAGGCGACGCCGUCCGACGCGGGACCCGAGGCGCCGGCCCAGCAGCGAGACCUGGCGCGCGGCCUGGAGAACCUGCCCGUGAGCGUGUGGCCGCCCGGAGCGGAGCCGGAGCCCUUCCAGUACUCUCCAGACCAUGUGGCUGGGCCCGGCACCCUCACCGACCCUGCCCAGAUCACAUUCCCGGGCUGUCGCUGCCUCCACAUGCCUUGUGGCCCCAAGACCUGCUCCUGCUUACAUGGGGGUGUUGACAACUACAACUCGGACCAGUGUCUCCAAGCCCUUGAAACAGCCACCACUGCAUGGUCCACACCUGUAUUCGAGUGCAACGCACUGUGCCCCUGUGCUGAGGAUUGCAGGAACAGGGUGGUGCAGCGGGGGCCCUGGGCUCACCUACAGGUGUUCAAGACACAGUUGAAGGGCUGGGGGCUCCGUACCCUGGAGCCCAUCCCCCGGGGGCGCUUCGUGUGUGAAUACGCAGGUGAAGUGCUGGGGGUCUCGGAAGCCCAGCAUAGGAUGCAGACUCAGUCUCCAGGCAGUUGCAACUACAUCCUGGCAGUCCGGGAACACGUCCAGGGUGGGCAGGUCCUGGAGACCUUCGUGGACCCCACACGUGUCGGGAAUAUGGGGAGGUUCCUCAACCACUCCUGCGAGCCCAACCUGGUGAUGGUGCCUGUCCGUGUGGACUCCAUGGUGCCCAGGCUGGCACUGUUUGCAGCCAGAGACAUCCUGCCAGAGGAAGAGCUUUCCUACGAUUAUUCAGGCAGGUUCUUGAACCAAUGGAAGCAAGAAGGCCCGGAGCCACAGCAGGAGGGGUUGUUGUUGCGGAGACCAUGUUACUGCGGGGCUCCCUCCUGUGCCACUGUCCUUCCCUAUGAUGACUCCCUGUGUAGGCCCUCGAGAGAGCCCCCUAAUACUUAGGUGGGCAUGGGACAGCCGUGUGGCAUGGGCCAACCAUUCCAGACCCUCUUGCAAGCAGCCUCAACCUCCAGGGAGCCAUCUUGGUGUGACUCAUGUGUGGGAGA